AUGAAGUCAUCAAAAGAAUACUUUACCGUUUUAUUAGUUCUUCUACAGAGUUGCAACAUUUUUACUGUGGCAGACAGAAAUAUCGGUGCGAUAUUUGAUGAUGGCAGUUUCUUAUAUGAAGCUGUAUUUAAUGUGGCCAUAAAAACGGCAUCAGAAAAUCAGAAAAACCCAUUUGUUGCAAAUGUCGUAAAAACUUCACCUGGGGACAUCGUGGAAGCAGAAAAUGCAUUAUGUACACUAUUGGAAAUGAACGUUAUGGGCAUAUUUGGCCCAAUUCACAGAAACUCCCUGCAACAUGUUCAGUCUUUAGCCGAUUACAUUGAAAUGCCUCAAAUUAUCACCGAGUUUAUAGAAACACAAAAUCGUAAUUGGUCCGUAAUAAACUUAUACCCAAGUCAUAUAGCUUAUUCUCAGGUAUUCUCCGACAUAAUUAAAUUUAAAGGUUGGACGGAUUUUACGAUAAUUUACGAAGGCGCCGAGCUUCUACCAUUUCUGGAUAAUAUAUUAACUAUGCAGAAUUUGAUAACCGACGAAAGCAUUAUAAUGAAUGUUGUUCAACUACCCGAUAGCAAUGACUACAGACCUCAUUUAAAAAGUAUAAAAAUGUCUGGUUCCACUAAUUAUCUAUUAAUUACUGGAAGAGAAAAUUUACCGGAAAUACUUCUCCAAGCUCAGCAAGUUGGAAUUAUGUCCAAUGAACACAGUUUUAUUAUUAUGAAUCCUGAUUUUCAAACUGUCGAUAUGGAACUAUUUAAACACGGAGGAUCAAACAUUACAGGUAUACGAUUUUUUGAUCAAAAUUCAGAGACUAUUAAAAAUAUUGUAAAGGCGUUAAAUGAGAAAAUAUCGGAGUUAUCUGAAGGAAACAUUGAAAAUGCCAUUCCGGAAUUUGGACUAAGCUUUAAUUUGGCUUUGAUAUACGACUCCAUAUUGUUAUAUACAUCGGCAUUAAAUGCAAUUGGAAUUGAAGAAAGCGCUAAUAUUACUUGCGAAAAUAAAGAAACUUGGAACUUUGGAUCAAGUAUCAUAAAUUAUGUAAGAACUAUGGAUAUAGACGGGCUAACUGGUAUUAUUAAAUUUGAUGAAGAUGGAUUACGGGCCGAUUUUGAAAUUGAUGUCCUUGAAGUAAUGUCGCAUGGCCUUGAAAAGGUCGGGACAUGGACAGCUGAUGAAGGAUACGCCGAGUCAAGGAUCAUCAUACCGCAGGUUGAAGAAGAAGGAAGUGAUUCUAUGAAAGGCAAACACUUUAUUAUACUCACUGCUUUGAGUGCGCCUUACGGAAUGCUCAAAGAAUCAUCAAGUAAACUAGAAGGUAAUAGUCGAUAUGAAGGUUUUGGCAUUGAAUUAAUCGAAGAACUUGCAAAAAUGAAUGAGUUUAAUUACACUUUUGACAUUCAAGCUGAUGGUGUUUAUGGAUCAUUUGAUACGAAAGCAAAAAAGUGGACUGGAAUGAUGGCAAAAAUAAUGGAAGGGACAGCCGACUUCGCUAUAACUGACUUAACGAUUACCUCAGCGCGACAAAAGGUUGUCGAUUUUACCAGCCCGUUCAUGAACCUAGGUAUAACAAUACUGUACAAGAAACCAACUAAACAACCACCAGAUUUGUUUUCUUUUAUAUCGCCAUUUUCUUUAGAGGUCUGGGGAUGGUUAGCAGGAGCUUAUGUCGGUGUUUCGGUUCUUUUGUUUAUUUUAGGAAGAUUCGCCCCAGAAGAGUGGCAAAAUCCUUAUCCAUGUAUAGAAGAACCAGAGACUUUAGACAACCAAUUUACUUUAGCCAACGCUUUCUGGUUUACUCUGGGGAGCGUUCUCACACAGGGAUCGGAAAUUGCUCCUAUAGCUGUGUCAACUAGAAUGGCUGGCAGCAUGUGGUGGUUUUUCACAUUAAUUAUGGUUUCAUCAUAUACUGCUAAUUUAGCUGCUUUCUUGACGGUCGAAUCAAAAUUUUAUGCAAUCAAAAGUGUAUCAGAUUUAGCCAGUAAUCCAUACGGCGUAACCUACGGAGCCAAAAAAGGAGGAGCUACUUAUAGUUUUUUCAAAGAAUCUGAUAACUUGCUCUAUCAAAAAAUGUACCAGUAUAUGGAUGAUCAUCCCGAAUUAAUGACCUCGACAAAUGAUGAAGGUUUAAUGAGAGUUAAAUCUGAAAAAGAAAAUUAUGCCUUUUUAAUGGAAUCAACAUCGAUUGAAUAUAUGGUUGAAAGGAAUUGCGAUGUUUCACAAGUAGGAGGUUUGCUGGAUAACAAAGGAUAUGGAAUCGCAAUGAAAAAAAACUCACCGUAUAGGCAACCAAUGAGCGAGUCUAUUUUGCAACUGCAAGAAGAGGGCAAGUUAACACGAAUGAAAGACAAGUGGUGGAAAGAAAAGAGAGGUGGUGGUGCAUGUUCGGAUGACGACGCAAGUAGCGGUGAUGCUCAGCCGUUGGUAUUAGCUAAUGUGGGUGGCGUAUUUAUAGUUCUCGCAGCUGGUUCAGCUAUGGCAGUUGUUUGCGCUUUCGUUGAAAUGAUUUUCGACGUAUGGAUGAUAUCACGCAAAAACAAGGUAUCUUUUAAAGAAGAGAUUAUAGCAGAAUUGAAAUUCAUUUUGAGCUUUAGUGGGGACACUAAGCCUGUUCGCCACCGCGAAUCGACAGGAUCCAAGAGCUCAAAAAAAGAAGAGGAUGAAAGAAGUGUCGACAUGGAGUUAAACGGUGAUGAUAACCGAAUUGACCACGCUCCAACACCACGCUCUGAAAGAUCGUCGCAUUCAAAUCAUAACGUACACAGCAGAAGGCAAAGCAACGCCAUUCAAAUAGCUCGAAUGCGUAAAUUUACU